AUCUUUGGCCAAGAGCACGUUUCAGUCCUAUCUGAGCGUAAAGUGUAUGUUAUUGAACAUAUGUGCCCAUACACGCUUGUGAAAUAGUGUGGUAGUGGAAUAGUGACGUGUAAAACAGACGAGCAUUGUUUACGUUUGCCUUCUAUAUGAGAGGAGAUUCGGAAAUAAAAUAUUUAUUAAAGAAAUACCCUUUUUUAAUUUUGUGUCUAGAGAAGCAACAAUUUAAAAGUUGCGAUGGGAAAAGCAAAAAGAGGCAAAAAAGGUGCCAAGGAUGAGGAAAUUGAAGAUGAUGUUGGGGAAUCACAAUUUAUUGAUGAAACACCUGUUAAAGGGAAGGAAAAGAAAGUUAAACCUAGGAAUAAGGAUGAAAAUGAACAGGAUUUGGAAGAUAUAGAUGAUGAAAAUGAUCCAACAAAGAAGAAAAGGGUAAAGAAGGAGAAGAAAAAACACAAAGAUGGUGGUGAUCGUGAGACUGAUAGUGAUGAAGAUGAAUCAGGAAAGAAGAAGAAGGUAAAAAAGGAGAAAAAGAAACAGAAGGACGAUGAUGACGACGACCACGAGGGAGACAGUGUCGAUAAAAAGCUAGAGGACCUGCAUAUCGAUACAGAACGUGCAGGAAAAAAGCAGCCUAAGAAAUAUAAAGGAGCUGAUCUCAAUGAAGAUGAUGAUACCGUAAAGCAGCCUUCUAAACCUUCAAAGGCAAAGAAACAGCAAAAAAUUAUGGUGGCUGAUGAAGAUGAAGAUAGUGAGAGUGAAGAAAAAUCUAAAACCCCUGUCUCUCAGAAUAAAAAAAAGGGGGCUAAGAAAAGUUUUGCUUUGUUGGAUGUAGAUGAUGGUGACUCUGGCUCAGCUAGUGAUAAGGAUAAGAAUAGAGACUCAGAAGAAGACACGCGUGAAGUAAAAAAGGCAAAGUCAAAUAAAAAGGUGGUGUCUAGGACUGAUAGUUUUGAGGAUGAUAGUGAAAGGACGAAAGAAGAUAAAAGUGCAGUGAGUGGUGGCAAGAAAGGGAAAAAAGCCAGGCGGAAGAAGGAUGAAGAUGAUGAGGAGGACAUUGAGAGAAUGUUAGCUGAACUGGAGAUGGAAUAUUCAGGUGUGAAGAAAGAACAGGUUGAAGGUACAGAGGAGAAAAAAGUUAGUGCAGAUGGUGAUUUAGGGGCGAAGAAAGAUUCUAAAAAGAAAAGUAAGAAGAAAUCUAAAAUUGACGUUGAAGACGUGGAACUUGAUGACGAUGAUGUGACUGUAGUUGAUGGUGAGGAACUUGAAAGUACUGUUAAGACUGCUGCACAGAAGAAGAAGGAGAAGAAAGAAAGAGAGAAACAGAAGAAACUUGCUCAGAAGAAAGUGGAACCAGUUAAGAAGGCCGAAGAGAAUCAAGAAAGCGAUAGACCUGCCACAGUAAAGCCUGAGGAGAAGGUGAAGCCUGAACAGAAAGAAGAGAAACAGCCUGUUGAGGGAGAAGAAGAUGAAGAUGAUAAGAAGAAAAAGAAAAAGAAGAAAGGUAAACCGGAAGAGGAAACAAAGGAAAAAACAAAAGGUCCAACAAAGAAAGCUAUAGCUGCUAUGCAAGAGGCCCUUAAAAAACUGAAAGAAGAGGAAGAGAGGCUAGCCAGGGAGGAAGAAGAGAGGCUCAGGAAAAUUGAGGAAGCAGAGAGAGCAAAGGAAGAGCAGAAACGUUUGGAGCAGGAACGAAAGGAACGAAAGAAGCAGAAGGAAAAGGAACGUAAGGAAAGACUGAAGGCUGAAGGCAAGCUUUUGACUGCAAAACAAAAGGCUGAUCGUGCUAGAGCACAAGCAAUGAUCGAAGCACUGAAGGCACAAGGUGUUGAUGUUCCAAAUGUGGGUGAGAAGAAACAGACCACACCAAGACCAGGGACACGAAUCAGGCCAAACAAAGUAAAGGCGCAACCACCCACUCCCGCCCAACAGGAAGCUACAGUUGAACGCAAGGUGGAAGUUGAAGUCGUGGACAAAAUACCUACAGAAGUAAACAAUAAAGAUGUUAAGGAUGAAGAGGACGACGUUAAAGAAGCAUGGGAUGCAGAAUCAUCUCACGAUGAAGAGGAAGAAGAGAAAUCGGAAGGGGAGAAAGUGGAGGUAGGAAAGAAAACACCAGAAAAGCAAAAGAGUCAAGAUGAUGAAAAAGAGGAAGAGGAGGAAGAUGAGGAGGAAGAAGAAGAAGAAUCUGAAUCUGGAGAAGAAUCAGAGGAUGAAAGUAGCGAGGAAGAUUCUGAAGAUAGUGAAGAAGAGCACAAGACUGAUGCUGAAAGAAAGAGGGAACGGGCACUUGCUCGUAUACAGAAACGCCGUGAAGAUGCUGAGAAGAACAAGUCACUAGAUGUUCUCCGUGCAGCGGUUGUGUGUGUCCUGGGUCAUGUAGAUACAGGCAAAACAAAGAUUCUUGACAAAUUACGACGUACAAAUGUGCAAGAUGGAGAAGCUGGAGGAAUUACUCAGCAAAUAGGUGCAACAAAUGUCCCUAUUGAUGCAAUUAAGGAACAGACCAAACAUGUUAAAGGGUUCUCCGAGACGGAAUUGAAGAUACCAGGUCUGCUCAUCAUUGAUACACCAGGACACGAGUCUUUCAGCAAUUUGCGAAGUCGUGGUUCCUCGCUGUGUGAUAUAGCAAUUCUAGUUGUUGAUAUCAUGCAUGGGCUUGAACCACAGACAAUUGAAUCAAUCAAUUUGCUGAAAAACAAGAAGACACCGUUCAUUGUAGCACUAAACAAAAUUGACAGGUUGUAUGACUGGCAGACAAUGAAUAGAAAGGAUGUGCGGGACAUCAUCAAGGGCCAAGCUGCAAAUACGCAACUGGAAUUUGAGCAGAGGACUAAAGAAGUCAUUGUCCAGUUUGCAGAACAGGGUCUCAAUGCUGCUCUAUUCUAUGAUAAUCCUGAUGUCCGGAGUUACGUCUCCCUGGUACCUACAAGUGCCAUUACAGGGGAGGGCAUGGGAAAUCUGCUGGCUCUUAUUGUUGACAGCUGUCAGAAUAUGUUGGCAAAGAGACUGAUGUACUCGGAGGAACUUCAGGCAACAGUUUUGGAGGUGAAAGCUAUACCUGGCCUGGGAACAACUAUUGAUGCAAUUUUAGUCAAUGGAAGACUUCGAGAAGGUGACACCAUGGUCCUUGCAGGCACAGAUGGUCCGAUUGUGACGCAGAUUAGAUCCCUCCUGAUGCCGCAGCCCAUGAAGGAAUUACGUGUGAAGAAUGCGUAUGUGGAGUACAAGGAGAUACAAGCAGCACAGGGUGUCAAGAUAGCAGCAAAGGAAUUAGAAAAAGCAAUUGCAGGGCUCAAUUUGCUAGUUGCACAAAAGCCAGAUGAAGUGGACAUCUUGCGAGAUGAAGUUGCAAGAGAAUUGCGUUCAGCUUUAAGCAAAAUAAAGCUUGCUGAAAGAGGGGUGUAUGUGCAGGCAUCUACCCUUGGCUCACUUGAGGCAUUGUUGGAAUUUCUGCGAACUUCCAAGAUACCAUAUUCCAACAUACGAAUUGGACCUGUUGUAAAGAAAGACGUAAUGAAAGCGUCGACCAUGCUGGAACAUGAGAGCCAGUAUGCUACAAUUUUGGCUUUUGAUGUGAAAGUCGAGCGAGAUGCCCAAGAGCUAGCAGAUACCUUAGGUGUGAAAAUAUUUCAAGCUGAUAUUAUAUAUCACCUCUUUGACAAGUUCAUGGCAUAUCGAGAAGAACUACGACAAAGGAAGAGAGAGGAAUUUAAGCAUAUUGCAGUGUUUCCUUGCAAGUUGAAGGUGUUACCUCAGUAUAUAUUCAACUCUCGCGAUCCUAUUGUGAUGGGUGUGAUGGUUGAAGCAGGAAUUGUCAAAGAAGGAACUCCUAUAUGUGUACCAAGUAAAGAUUUUGUUGACUUGGGCAUUGUUACAACUAUUGAAGUAAACCAUAAAAAUGUGGAGAGUGCACGCAAGGGUCAAGAAGUAAGCAUCAAGAUAGAACCAAUUCCCGGAGAAGCUCCGAAGAUGUUUGGUCGUCAUUUUGAUGAGAAGGAUUUCCUAGUCAGCAAGAUUUCAAGACAGUCAAUUGAUGCUUGCAAGGACUACUUCAGAGAUGAUUUAGUGAAGACAGACUGGCAGCUCAUGGUUGAGCUGAAGAAACUUUUCCAGAUUCUGUAGUAGUGGCAUCCUGAUGCAGUCUUCCAGAGAUUUUCUUCUGCAUUCUAGGUCUUAACACACAGUGUGUGACCAAUGUUUGCAUCUGAUAAUGUAGCCUUGCCAGUUUAGUGUGGCAUAAUUGUUCAGUGAUCCAUGAUAUAUUAUGGUCUGAGCAGUGAAAAUCUUGCAUUAUGAGUUCAGAUCUGUCUAAUGUGGGAGCAAGAUGGGAAAAAUCUCAUGUUUCUAGUUCUUGGUUGAGGCUGCAGAGCAACUUUUCUAUUUAUAUAAAAUGUUUUGAUGUUUUGUAUGUAUGAAUAUAGGUAUAGUAUAUCUGAAGAAUAUAUAUUGAAGUAUAUAUAAAAUCUGCAAACUAUUUAAGCAAAUUAUGUACAUUUUUUGCAACUGAAAAGAGCCUAGUUUAUACUUGUAUACAAAUCUUUGUUGAGGGUGUGAGCAAUGAUAGUAUUACUGUUAAAACUAACUAGUGGAUGCAGGUAAACAAUUUUAGGUGAUCUCUCUUAGGAGUGUUCACCAGAUUAAUCUCCCAACGCCUUUCUUUUGCAGGGAGCUAUCUCUAUGAUCUUCCUAAUCAUAAUUAUUGUCCAAAUUGACACUCUUAUUGAAAAGAAACCAAGUACUUUGUGGUGUUUUUAUUUUAUAAUCCUGUAAUUCAGGGAAAUUGCUGUGAUUUGAAGUCUGCAAAUGAUUUGAAGUCUGCAAAUGAUUUGAAGUCUGCAAAUGAUUUGAAGUCUGCAAAUGAUUUGAAGUCUGCAAAUGAUUUGAAGUCUGCAAAUGAUUUGAAGUCUGCAAAUGAUUUGAAGUCUGCAAAUGAUUUGAAGUCUGCAAAUGAUUUGAAGUCUGCAAAUGAUUUGAAGUCUGCAAAUGAUUUGAAGUCUGCAAAUAGAUAUUAUGCUUUUUUAUCUUCUGAAAAAUACUCUUUCUCUUUGAAACAGAUUAUAGUUGCACAGUAAUCUUAAGUUAGCUUGUUUUGGCUCUUUCAUAUAGUAUCUCAAUUAUUAUUAUUUUUUUUAAUUGUGUUCCAAACUCUUCGUGGUUCUGCUGCAUUGUGUUGCUUCGUCCUAUUGUUAAUGUUAUACAAAUUCAGUACAAUAUGAAAUAAUCAUAUUUUUCUAUUCAGUACUAUGAAUUUUGUUUUAUCACCGUUGCAAAAUUUUAUAAGUAGUAUAAGAAUGUACUGCCACAGAUGUUAGUUUUUGUGUUUAGAAGAGAAAGAAUUCAGUCAAGAACAUGAAGCUAAAUAAAGAAUGGUAAUAAUUUUGAUUCAGUAUUUCAGCUGUAGCCACAUACUACGAUGAGACCAGAAAAGCAAGUUGAUUUUUUUAAAAGUUAAGGUAUAUUUCAUACUAGAUUUAACCAUGCUUAAAGGGAUGCAUGAUUCCCAUACCAUCCUCAUCUGUUUCACAUAUUGAUUGUCUUGUAAUAUCAGAUGAGAGUGAGAUGUGAACUAUCAAUUUGUUUAUGUUUUCUCACUCUAGGGAAAUAGUUUGUUUUCCUGUUUAUAGAAAAUGGCAAAUCUGUAGUAUUGCAGAAAUUGCAGCAGAUCCAUGACUGUGGAGACACCUAUUGUCAUCUUUAUGUGUAUGUAUUCUUAUGCACAAGAUCAAAUUAUCCAUUGCCCCACAAUUACAUUAUUUUUGAAAGAUGUGAAUGUUUUUAAAAAAAUUUAAUACACAAAAGUAUUGUUUUAAUGCAGCUUGUGGUAAUCAUGUACUUAAUUUAUGAAGAAUUAGUUUUUUCUGUCAUUUAACUGAUAUUUUUGUCUGUGAUGGAAUAUGUGUGUUUGGGUGAGAUCGUAAUUUGCCAUUGCAUAGCACUGUAACAUUUGCAGAAAUUCUGUUCAUUCUGGUGUCACUGGUUAACAAUAACAGCUGUAAUAAUUGUUUGAAAUAAAUGAAAAUUGAACUACA